ACUAACCUGCUCAAUUUUUUACCACUUCUCAUUCUGUCUGUUCCAGACUUACUGUAUAAAUCAUGCGUCCAAGACAAAGAGGAUUGAAUUUGGGACUUAUUCUCCUAGCAACUGAGAUAUUCCGCGUGGGAAUUGAAAAUGUUCCACCUGUUACCUUGCUAACAUUGGGGCUGAAUAUCUUCUUAUUCUUAUCCCCAAUGAAGCCAUUACUGGGGACCUGCAUCAGCUUGCACAAUACGUGGUAUAAACAGGAUUGGAGCCGUCUUUUUUAUUCACCAUUUCACCAUGCAGAUGACUGGCAUCUAUAUUUCAACAUGGUUUCCAUGCUGUGGAAGGGGUUGAAGCUGGAGAGGAAGCUUGGCAGCAACUGGUUUGCUUAUAUGCUGUUGGUUUUCUCAGUAGUGACUGGGCUAACUUACUUAUUGCUGGAGACCGUCCUGGUGGAACUGACAAAAGACAGUUCCUACACAUUGCAGUGUUCAGUGGGUUUCUCAGGUGUUUUGUUUGCUCUGAAAGUAGUGAACAACUAUUACGAUCCUUGGGACAUCAGCUACAUCAUGGGUGUUCCUAUAGCGAGCCAGUAUGCCUGUUGGAUUGAGCUAGUACUGAUCCAUUUGAUUUCUCCAGGGACUUCUUUUGUUGGUCAUCUAGCAGGCAUUAUUGUUGGGAUCAUGUAUACCAAAGGACCCUUGAGGUACUUGAUGAAACUUGUUGGAGGUAUAUUUUCAACACACGAUUAUGCUAGAAGUCAAGUCUACUACAGGGGCCAAGGGUAUGCUGGUUACAGGACUGCUGAUAACUAUGGUCCAUACGAAAAUGACUACUCAAGAGGCCUGUCUGAAGAGGAACAGUUAAAUGAAGCGAUUUGGGACAGCCUUCGUGACAAUGGAGGUUCCCACAAUGACAGAAGGCAUUACAAUGUUCGGACGCCAAGGCAUUUGAGUGAAGAGGAAAUGAGGCAGCAACGACUGAACCGAUUUGCCAGAUGAUUUUGUUUCUCGCCCCUUGUGGAUGACUUGUGUCUUUUGUUGGGUGCCAUAUUAUUGCCAUUUGCACUCUUGCACUUUUCUUUAUAAAACCUGUUUGCUUCUCUUUAGCAUUGGGGACACUAUUGUCCAUUUUAUUUGAAUAUGCAUUCUUGGUUGAAGAACUACACAAAAUGUGUAAAUAUAUUUAGUUAAGCACUCCAUGGACUGUUCAGAGCAGUGAAUUAUUGACUUAAAUUGUUAAGUUUACAUCUCUCUUUUAGCCUGUAAGUCUCAGUGAGGAUGUCAGUGUCAGAGAAUGAAGCUUUCCUCUAAAGUACAACUCCUGCUGUCUUGGAUGACGGUCAUUGAUAAUAUCUAGAGGGUUCCAGAGGCUGGAAGAUUUUACCUUUCCAAAUAUGGAGCAGCAUAUUCCAGUAGAGGAGAGCAGAAGGGAUUACAGGAAUAAAGGAAAAAUUUAUAUUUUCUUACGAUCAUGAUUAUGUUGGGCAUACACAGAUCUAUGUGGGAGAUAACACUGCCACAAUAUGUGGGGGUUCUCUAGCCGAUACAUGUUUCUAUCUUUAAAGGCUUAUUUUUGUUUUUGAUAUAUUUUAUUAAUUGGAUAACAUAGUGUGAGGUGAGGUAGCAAUAGGGCGGGAGAAGAGGAGGGCAGGGCAGUGUAACAGCAGCACACACUUUAGCAAGUAAAUGUAUAAAUAAAAAAAGUUUAAACCGAUUCACAUGCUGUUAGGUAACUCUAAUGUAACAAACCUGACUGUGGCCCACUUCUCCCCAUUCAAAUAGAGGUUGAUAAUUAGUGGCUUCUAAUAUUCUGAGCUGGAUUAGGGAAGUAUAUUCUUUGCUAUUAAUGGGGCAGAGGACAGUGACUUUUUCAUGAGUUAUCUGCCAGAGCUUGAACUUGUCGCUGAAAAAAGAGAUGAGGAACAGCUUUCUCCUAAAGAUUUAGAAAACAAUGCAGGAGCAAGAUACAGUACACAGGCCAUGGUUUCUCUUUACUAGCGUAAUGUACAAUGAGAAACUCAUCCAAAUUAUUGAACAGAUGAUAUUCAUGUCCUUUGUACCAUGGAUAUUCUUAAUGAAACCCAAUAUUGUUGUAAAGCAUUCGAUUGGAAGAUGGAAAACAAGAUCACAAGACCAAUAUCAAAUAGGAUCUGUAUUUGUACAUGAAUGUAGGCAUCUUACAAUCUAUAAUUCACUCUGUCAUGUUCGAAAGUCAUCUUUGGAAAAUCAAACAUUUCAAAAUGGUUUUCAAAUAUAACCUUAUUCUGUGAUGAUAUAAGCUGCGUAUUCUACCUCAGUAACACUUGAAUCUUGGCUCCAAAUUGAAUUUUCUUUUAACUACAGCUUCCUAGCCCAACUGAAAAAAAAAUAGAUCAGAGUUAUAACCAAACCAACACAGACUGAUCAAUAUGAUGUCACAAGGCAAACCUUUCAUGUGGAAGAGAAACAUUCUCAUGAGCCUUAACCGUCUUAAAUAAUGUGUGCCUUUCUAGCUUUCUGAUAUUACAUUUGUAUUCAAUAAAUUCAGUGUGCAGUCAGUAAUACCAGUAAAUGUGGGUCAGGGAACAAGAUAGCAGUUAAAAUGAAACACUGAGCUGUGGAGCUGGAGUGUAACAGUCAGGGUUUACUCCUUUAACCACAUCUAAAGGACAAAAUUACAGAGAUGUGCCAAGUUUCCUGAUUUAGAAAAUCCUUUCUUUUCAAAUUGAGAUAAUUUGGUCGCUGAGCUUCAAAGACAGUUUGUAAUGUAACUAGUAUUUUGUAAGCACUUUGCUUUUGUAUUUUUGGAGGGAGGAAUACAAAUAAAAAAUAUUACUGCAACUGGAGCCAUGUUGUCUGAACCACCUUGUAAAUCUCUUCAAAGAGGUACUUUAAAAAUUCCAACGUUUACUAGCCUUCUUGCUAACGCACCGCUUAGAUGUGUGAUGCACACAAUCCAGUCCAUGCAGUGUAUAGUGUACCCAUAGUGCGGUUACUCCAUAGUGUAAUCAUUAAGGUUUAAGCUGCAAAUAUGCUGUUUUGUGUGUCUUGUAUCCCACAGCUUGGAAUUACAGGUAUUUUGCAAUUACUGUACAUGCGUAAUCCAUUGAUUGCUCCAUGUAUAAAAUGGCACACAUCUUUAACUACCUGCAAGACCUGCUUAAUUUGUUGGGCAGGGGUACAGGGGAAACUUAAACCCAGUUUAAUCAGCACUGGUAGAUAAGCUAUACCUAUACAUGACUUACUGGCUGCAGUCACAAAGCACAGCACCUGCAUUGAAUUAGAUUAGAUGAUUGCACAGUAUUGAUUAAAUCAGAUUUUAUAUGAUGGUUUAUGGCAUACUACAUACUAGUUUUGGCUAGUAAUACUUCUAGAGAUAAAUGCAAGUCCAAUGUAUAAAUCAGACAUGUCAGAUAUCGCUUCCCAAUUUUGCAGUUAAUGUUCUUGGGCAUCCUAGUGUAUGAAUAUACAAAUUGUGGAGAAAAUAAUGAUGUGUGAGACCCUCAUGGAUACACAGACCAGAUUUUACGAUUUAUGCAAUUCGUCAAGAGUGUCCAAACCUUAAGUGUCCAAACCAUUCAUAGUUCCACGCAUGUAUGUUGUCUACACAGAUACAUUUCUGUAGUCUCUGGAAAAUGCUUUGAGAUAUUGACUAUUAUAUUUGAGGGACUCAGCUGAUUAUUCAACAUAUUCAGUAACGUAUGGUUCUUAUCCUCAGAGUUGCCUUCUCUUUAGUGCAUCAUAACUUUUGCCAGUUUCAUGGGUUCUGUAUUUGAUGGCACUAUUUCUUACAACAGUGAAGAAAAAUACUGCCUGGAGCAUUUCAUGUGCAGUAAUGUUCCAUUCCAUUUACAAUUUAUAUUGUGGGAUAGAUGGUAUAAUGUAACACUUCAUUUAAUUGUUGCUGUUCUCCAUUUCCCACAUAGUGUUAGGCCUAGGUCUGUCAAACAGGACCAGGGAUAGAUCAAAACAUCAACUGUUAGGGUGAAAAUCAAUUUAAGUUAAGCCAAACAGCUAUCUUCUGUAUUUUAGCACAAAUAUUGUUGUAGGCAUGUAUGAUGGUUUCAGUAGCUUCCAUUGUCUUCCACUGCUAUUUCUAAUAAAUGUAUGCUAUUUCUGCUAAAAUUUGAAUCAACUAUAUGAUUCAACAAAUAUAAUCAGUGUCUCAAAGCACUUCACAGAUACCACACAAAUGUACCCGUGUAGACAGCAUACAUAUGUGGAACUACGAAUAGCUUGGUGACAUAUUCCUGAUAUAUAUUUCUACAUCUGCCAGACACCCAGCUAACCCCCAAAAAGAUUUGGAACACUCCCAGAGCAGAUAGAGCUUGAUUAUGUGCAGAGUAAAGCUCCGUCUCCUGCCCCAACAAUGUGCCUUUCCCCCCACCCCGCAACAUUUUCCAUUUGUAACACCAGUUAUUCUGUGGCCUCUGAGGAAGGUUGCCAAAUUGCCAAGCAACAAGCACUGUUUGUACUGUGAGCUCCCACCCACAAGGAACUUAGUUGAGGCUGUCCAAAUUCUUUUUGCAUAGAACUUCACAACAAACAGACAGACGAGACUUUUAGCCCAUCAGUCUGAGUUGGAUUCAAACACAAGUCCUGGAAGCUUAGCUCACAAUUGCCACCCAGACUUUCGGCCUAUUUUAUGAAGUUUAUCAAUGGCUACCUUGAGUCUUGCCAACUUCAUCAACUAUGUACUGUGAACUAUGAGCUGAAGGAUGAUGGCAGCACAUAACAGCACUCAGUUAGUUAGACUGUGUGUCUGAAUAUACGGAGUGUUUAUCUGAGGGAGGAGUUGGUGACUGAGUGAGAAUACUCAAAGAACUAGCAUUAGAUUUACCUCAUGACAUAAUUCUAAGUAAAUGCAAAAGAAAUAUCUUUCCAAUAUAAAACUUUCCCCUGUGUUUUUUAGCCUUUAAAUCAUUGCUUAAAUAAAAAAAAGACUGUUCCAAAAUCCAGUUUUG